GGCGCUCAGGCUGCACAGUGACGUUCGGGAGACGACAAACACAAAAAGCGAGCUGCUUUCUGCUGUUUUCGACGUCGCUCGGCCACACAUCGAGGCAUUUCUUUCCGACUUCAGCUACAGUGAUAGCUAAGUUUGGAGAGGAGAAAAACGGGACCGAGAGAGAGCCGUCGCGUGCAUUUUUUCCUUGUCUUUUUGCACUGUUGUGCGGUGGCCUUAUUGUUGCCAAGCUCAUUAAAAUCGGGUGAAAAAAGACAAAUAAAGGUUUUUGCGUUUAUCUGCAAAAAAAAUCUUUUUCAACAUGGAAAACGCACGAGUCAAGAAAACAUGCUGUGAAUCCGUUCAAGAGUUCUUCACCUCGGCAAAACUCCUUAUCUAUGUGGGACAUGCACUGUCAACUUGGGGCGACCGGAUGUGGAACUUUGCCGUGGCCGUGUUCUUGGUGGAACUGUACGGCAACAGCCUGCUGCUCACGGCCGUGUAUGGUCUGGUGGUGGCUGGCUCCGUGCUGCUGCUGGGGGCCAUCAUUGGUGAUUGGGUGGACAGGAACCCGAGACUCAAAGUGGCCCAGAUGUCUCUGGUCAUCCAGAACAGUUGCGUCAUCGUGUGCGGCAUUCUCCUCAUGGUGGUUUUCAGUUUCAAACAGCAGCUAGUGGAGAUCUACAACGGAUGGCUGCUGACCGUCUGCUACAUUCUGGUAAUCAGCAUUGCCAACAUCGCCAACCUUGCCAGUACUGCAAUGUCCAUCACCAUCCAGAGGGACUGGGUGGUGGUUGUGGCAGGUCAGGACAGCAGCAAGUUAGCAGAUAUGAACGCCACCGUGCGGAUUAUCGAUCAGCUGACCAACAUCCUGGCCCCCAUGUUGGUGGGCCAGAUAAUGACCUUCGGCUCGCACUUCAUCGGCUGUGGCUUCAUCUCGGGCUGGAACCUGUUCUCCAUGUGUCUGGAGUACAUGGUGCUGUGGAAAGUCUACCAGAAGACGCCGGCGCUGGCUGUCAAAGCUGGGCAGAAGGAUCGGAAUGAACAGGAGCUCAAACAACUUAGCCCCAUGAAAGAAUCCGAGACAGGCCAAAGUCCCGAAGAGUCCUCUGAACCCCUAAUGAAUGCAGUCUCAGUGGCGGUCAAGACUGAGCCCCCUAAAAAGCGUAGCUGCUGCAGCCAAGUGACCGAACCCCUGCGCACCCUGAAGGCUGGCUGGAAGGCGUACUAUAAUCAGAGCAUUUUCUUCGCUGGCAUGUCCCUGGCUUUCCUCUACAUGACCGUGCUAGGAUUCGACUGCAUCACCACAGGAUACGCCUACAUGCAGGGUCUCAGCGGCUCACUUGUCAGCCUCCUUAUGGGGGCUUCGGCCGUGUCUGGUAUCUGCGGCACAGUCGCCUUCACCUGGGUCCGGAAGAAGUGCGGCCUAGUCCGUACUGGCUUCAUUUCAGGCGUGGCGCAGCUCUCGAGCCUCAUGCUGUGUGUCUUCUCAGUCUUUGCUCCUGGGAGCCCCUUUGAUCUUAGUGUUUCGCCUUUCCAGAACGCUUAUCCCUACAGUCUGCCUGAGGCUGAUAAGCUCUUGACUGCCCUUACUGGUAGUAACAUUACUGCCACCAGCGCGCCGCCUGAGGAGCUACCCGGCCCGACGUCCUACAUCUCCGUCAGUUUGCUGUUUGCUGGCGUCAUUGCUGCGAGGGUCGGCCUGUGGUCCUUUGACCUCACGGUGACUCAACUCAUCCAGGAGAAUGUGAUCGAAUCAGAGCGAGGUGUGAUCAACGGCGUCCAGAACUCCAUGAACUACCUCUUGGAUUUGCUGCACUUCAUCAUGGUGAUCCUGGCGCCCAACCCCGAGGCUUUCGGCUUGCUGGUCAUCAUCUCGGUGUCGUUCGUGACGGCGGGCCACGUCAUGUACUUCUACUUUGCCUUCAAGCGUCUCGGCCACCGUCUGUUCCUCUGCUGCUCGCCCGAGCAGAAGGUAGAGACAGACAACAGCCCUUCGCCUACCAAUGCUGUCUAGUUGCCUUUCACACAGACACAUUAUUAUAUCAAUCUAGCUUGGUAUAGCCACACAUAGCAAAUAUGUAUCAGCUACAGUCUACUGCAGCGUUAAUAACGUCUUCACAUGUAGCCAGUCAAGGGCAAGAGCUUGCGACUGAACCUUUAGCAACAAGUCAAGAGCAGUGAACUAAUCUAAACUGUAGAUUAGGCAGAGGUUUUUUUAUUUUUUUAAUCCUCCUGUUGUGGUUGUCUCUUUGGUACACUAAAAAAAGUUCAUGGGUCAUUGUGACUCGCCACAUUUAACCACAAAAAAAAUGUUAACAGAUCAGCAUGACCGGUCCCAAAUAUGGGUUGAUUUUGAGCUGUUUUUUUUUUUUUUUUUUUUAACUUCAACCCAAUUUUUGAAUAUCCUCCAAACAGAACCGAAGCGGGCUGCUUGAGUUUAGCUCUGCUGUUUUAUUGUGGCUCAAACUGACCCCUAAAAAAAAAAAUUGAAAAAAAAUGCAGAUAAAUGGGUUUUCGUUUUUCAAUUUCAAUAUUUUUCUGAAUUUUCUCUUAUGCUUAAACAUGAGGCAGGGUUUAUUGACCCAUGAAACAACCCAAACAGAAGGUUAGAGGUUCCAAACGGGCCUAUUUUGGCACUGUAAUCCCUCUAUUUUGCUAUUUCCAUCCUGCAGGCCGCUAUAGAAUUACUAACCUCUUCACACGUAGCCAGUUGUGUGUAAAAGCUUGCGAUUGAAGCAAUAGCAAUGAGUAGAGGUGAGAGUUGAGUUGUAAUCCAAAAUUGCGCUUUAGAUGAGGAAGAGGUUUGUCUUACCCCUCCUCUUAUGGUCCGACAAAGAUUUGACUUGCUGAAUGUAUGGACACAAGAAAACUGAUUUGAAAAUCUUACAUUUUUUUUUGGGUGGGGACAAUUUGAGCUGCAAAAGAACAGGGCGGUUGCCUUUUUUUAAUGUUUUUUUUUUUUUUAACUAUGAGACAGCAGCCUUACAUUUUUUGAUGAACGGCAUUAAAAGAUGAUUGUUCUCCAAACAGUGGAGAUCUUUAACUCUCCUGUUGAAAUGUGCUUUUAUAAAAAAAAGGACUUAAAAGAUUUGGGUACAACUCAUUUGACGGACUUAUUUCAAUCCUAAUAAAAAAAAAAAAAAAAUUAAUGUAGAUGAAAAUUCCUACAAAGUUUUAACCUUGUUUUCCUUUAUCCCCUUUUUUAAAAUCACCUUAUUUAUAAUUAGAAAAUCUUUUGAAAGUCAAGAGAAAAAAAAUCUGAUAAAAUUCUGCAAGUCUUGUAUAAUUUUUGUUAAUUGUUUUUUAUAUACAUAUUUUGUUUACCACCAACAUAAAUUCUGAUGAAAAUGUAUGCUGCUUGGCAUAAUUUAACAGGAGGGUUAAUAUGUUCAACGUUGCAGUGAUGUCAUUGGUGCUUCAAGGAUCUUUUAGCCAUUGUUCUUAGUUUAUACAGGUUGGGAUUUUUUUUUAUUUUUUAAAGUCAACCAAACCACAGCAACAAUGGGAUAUCUCCUUUUUUUUUAUGUGGUCAAAGGUUUAUGCACAUAACUAUUUAUUCAGGUAAUGCAGGUGGUGGUUUUGACAAAACAGCAGUGUUGUAUUUUGCCAGGGACAAAACAAAACAGAAACAAAAAACAAGCUAUGCAGCCACUUCAAUAGGUCUCAGUUACCAAAGUCCAGGUUCAUAUGUGUGGUGUGCAAGGAAGGAGAGAGGGAAAUCCGCUGAUGUGUCUUGAAGCAUUCCUUACAGCUAUUUUUGCAUCAGGUGACAAAAAAACAUCUGGAUAUUUUUACCAAUGUUUCCUACUGUAAUUGUCAUUUCUACUUAUUUGUUAUUAUAACCACAACCUUUGUGAUUCGUUGCAGUUCUCCAAGGUGGGCUUUUCUCCCCCCCACAUAUGUGAUUGUUGUUACGCCAGCACUUUAAGUGAUUGACAUUGGUCACUACACCAAAUGUCUCAUCAGACGUUUUGAUUGUUUUUGCACAAGACUGAAGUCCACAGGUUCGGGGUGUGGCUGGAAAAAGUGUAUAACUAUGUUUGGUAACAGUUCUUGUAAGGUAGGAGGUCUGAAACCGGCCUGUGUUGACCUUGGCUGUCCUCAAAUGUGGUCUUAAUAUGCAAGAUCGGCAUUUUUAUAACUGGGGUGCCUCAACAUAUGUUUUGUGUGUGCCAUUUUACAGUAAUUGAACCCUCCUGUUAUGUUCAUUUCUCAGAAACAGAAAUAAUGUUCUUGGGCAAAUUUGACUUGGGCCACAUGUAAACGUUAUAUGAGUGUCAGAAACUAUCAUGUCAUGCCCAAAAAUCUCUCACUCUUUCCCUGACUUCAUCAAACUGCCAGCUAUUUUACAGCAUUUUGACUUCUUUCAAGGUCCACAGUAUUCUGUGCAGUAUACACGCCAGACCUACCACAAGAAAGUAGACUUUCUCACCAGAAACAAAUGUUUUUCUAUCGGUUCCUGUUUUUUUAGUUAUCAGCAGUAGAACAUGAAUUGGAUUUACCAAAAAACAGUUUCUGACCAAAUGAAAAGAAGGAUCGAGCAGAACAGUUUCUUUGACGCUAAUAUCUUUAGCUUUUGUGACACCUCAGACUAAAACAAAGCUGAGAAAGGGCUUCAAGCGAUACAAAUGUAUUUAUAGGUAUUCAGCUAAGAAACGCACUGCAAGUGAUACUGACUCCAGGGGUGCAGUUGAACACCAGUAGCUCUUUUACAUGCCAUUCAUCGACUUUAUCUUUUCUCACCAGUGCAAAACACUUCCCACCAUCUACUCUGACACGUAAUCCUACUAUAUCACAUAUACACAAUCUGUUCCGUGAAGCAGGUGCCUAAAGUUGCCGAAUUUCCAGCAUGUUACCAUUUCUAUCACUCACAAGGAAGUAUUGACUUCCAUAUCUUUAUCUCCUAAUGAAAGGCUGUGCUGAUUUCAAAUCUAAAGUUGUACAACGCCAGCAUCUACAAGAAUCUGUUAAUCCUUCCAGUGGUUUACAAACCUGAAACAGCAUGCUGGGUGUCACGUGCAAAUUGAAAAACGUGCUUGACAAAUGGAUGCCAGUGAGAUUAAAUGAUUGGAUUCCAGUUGAUUAAACAUCUACGGCAGUGAUUUAAAUUAAAUGCGCCAAUUUGACUCACAACAUAGCAGGAGGGUUAUCAUCCUGAGUCUUUUUUGGGGGGGAGGUGUAGAGGUGUGCGGGGGAGACAUUUGGGUGAGCGAUCUAGUAGAAAGGGCAAUUUUUGUUGGCAGUGACCAGGUUUUGGUACAAAGUUCAGACUCGCCUGAAGAACAAAACUUGGUGUCCAUUUCCUUACCAGACUUUUAAAUGUAAAAUUCUGCAAACUGUUCAUUGCAAAAGGCCACAAGCAUAGUCCUAUGUAGAUAACAUUUAAUUUCAGUCAGAAUCUAAGUAUCCAAUUGAAAAAAGUAAAAAAAAAAAAAGUAUCAUUGUGCUGUUUGUAAGAUGUUUUAUAUCUUCCUUGUGUUGUCCAAUUGUUUUCUGUGAUUUCUUUCUUUAUACAUACUGUGAUGUUUCAUUGAAUCAGGAAAAGGAAAAAAAAAAUCACUCCAUGAAAAUAUAAAUUGACAGUACUGUUUGUAAUGCAAGAGGUGUCUUAAAUAAAAGACCUUCAGUAUCGACGA